CUCUCAUACAACUAAGGCUACUUACUUUAUGUGACACAUGAAUUAAUUUUUAAUAUAUAGUUUGAAAAUGUUCUCACACUAUAUAAGUCUUGUUGAUCAUUGAAGUGUAUGUCUAGCUUUUGAUCACAACAAAGAAAAUGGGUGCACUUGACUAUUUUGCCAACUUUUGCACUGUCACCAGCACAAGGAACAGGCGUAAACCUUUUCAGACAGUUGAAAUCAAAGUCAAAAUGGAUUGUGAUGGGUGUGAAAGAAGAGUAAAAAGUGCCGUCACGUCCCUCAGAGGAGUGAGAUCAGUAGAGAUAAUACGAAAGCAGAGCAAAGUGACAGUGACAGGGCAUGUGGAUCCAAACAAAGUACUCAAAAAAGUAAAGGAAACUGGCAAAAAAAGAGCUGAAUUUUGGCCCUAUAUUGAGCAUAAUUUAGUGGCAUACCCUUAUGUUGCUGGUGCCUAUGAUAAGAGAGCACCUCCUGGUUAUGUUAAAGAUGUUCCUCAAGCUUACUCUUCUUCUUACAAUCUUCCUCAAGAUAAUAUUUCCACUUUUUUUAGUGAUGAUAAUGCCAAUGCUUGCUCCAUUAUGUAAUCUUUUUUUUCUAAUUAUUUAUAAUUUGUGCUUAAUCUUGUUGUAGCUGGAGUAUUAAUUAGUAUGUGGUGUGUAUGUUGGAUGUUUGUUGUUGUUGAAGAUCGACUACAAUCAUUUAAGCGAACGAUCAACUGUCCGUUUAUAGUUAUAUAUCCCA